CCCCCACGGAGCGUCUUCGUUCACAGCCGGCCCUCUACCGCCUGAGCCACACUCUGCUUCCGGUUUCUGGGCGGUUUAGCUGGCGAACAGUGCUCCCCAUGCCCAGACGCUCCUCACUGCAGUACCAGGUUUCAAGCCCAUUGUGAGCCACCUCUGCCACUGGACAGCAAGAAAGAAAGAUGUGGAAAGCGUCGGCAGGCCACGCUGUGUCCAUCACCCAGGACGACGGGGGAGCCGAUGACUGGGAGACUGACCCUGAUUUUGUGAAUGAUGUGAGCGAAAAGGAGCAAAGAUGGGGUGCCAAAACUGUGCAGGGGUCUGGGCACCAGGAGCACAUCAACAUCCACAAGCUGAGAGAAAACGUCUUCCAGGAACACCAGACCCUCAAGGAGAAGGAGCUGGAAACAGGACCAAAAGCCUCGCACGGCUAUGGCGGGAAGUUUGGCGUGGAGCAGGACAGGAUGGACAAAUCAGCCGUUGGCCAUGAGUACCAGUCCAAACUUUCCAAGCACUGCUCGCAGGUUGACUCAGUCCGGGGUUUUGGAGGCAAGUUUGGUGUCCAGAUGGACAGAGUUGAUCAGUCUGCUGUAGGCUUCGAGUACCAGGGAAAGACGGAGAAGCAUGCCUCCCAGAAAGACUAUUCCAGUGGCUUUGGGGGCAAAUACGGUGUGCAAGCCGACCGGGUGGACAAGAGCGCCGUGGGCUUUGACUACCAGGGCAAGACCGAGAAGCAUGAGUCACAAAAAGAUUACUCCAGAGGGUUUGGUGGCAAAUACGGGAUCGACAAGGACAAUGUGGACAAGAGCGCCGUGGGCUUUGAAUACCAGGGCAAGACGGAGAAGCAUGAGUCCCAGAAAGACUAUGUGAAAGGGUUUGGAGGAAAGUUUGGUGUGCAGACAGACAGACAAGACAAGUGUGCCCUUGGCUGGGAUCACCAGGAGAAGCUGCAGCUGCAUGAAUCUCAAAAAGAUUAUAAGACGGGUUUCGGAGGCAAAUUUGGUGUUCAGUCCGAGAGGCAGGACUCCUCCGCUGUGGGGUUUGAUUACAAGGAGAGACUGGCCAAGCACGAGUCCCAGCAAGAUUACGCCAAAGGAUUUGGCGGGAAGUACGGAGUCCAGAAGGAUCGGAUGGAUAAGAACGCGUCCACCUUUGAGGAAGUUGCACAGGUGUCCUCCGCCUACCAGAAGACCAUCCCAGUUGAGGCUGUGACCAGCAAAACCAGUAACAUCAGAGCUAACUUUGAAAACCUGGCCAAGGAGAGAGAGCAGGAAGACAGGCGGAAGGCGGAGGCAGAGAGAGCUCAGCGGAUGGCCAAGGAAAGACAGGAGCAGGAGGAGGCUAGAAGGAGGCUGGAAGAGCAAGCCAGAGCCAAAAAGCAAACGCCCCCUUCCUCCCCCACUCCUCAGCCGGCUGAGGAGAGGCUGCCUUCCAGCCCUGUCUAUGAGGAUGCAGCCUCAUUCAAGGCAGAGCCCAGCUACCGAGGCCCCACAGGUGGGAGUGAGCCAGAGCCUGCCUACAGCAUCAAGGCUGCAGACCUCCCUGAGGCCACCGGCCAGCAGGGCCCGGCUUACACCACGGAGGCCGUCUACGAAACCACGGAAGCCCCAGGCCACUACCAAGAAGAGAACACAUAUGAUGAGUACGAGAACGACCUGGGUGUUACAGCCAUCGCCCUCUAUGACUACCAGGCUGCGGGCGAUGACGAGAUUUCCUUUGACCCUGAUGACAUCAUCACCAACAUUGAAAUGAUCGAUGAUGGCUGGUGGCGAGGGGUAUGCAAGGGCCGGUAUGGGCUCUUCCCGGCCAACUACGUGGAGCUGCGGCAGUAGGGUGCCAGCGGCCGCAGGCCGGCCACGGCUGAUUCCAGCUGACACUACAGAUCAUGCCUUCGCUGGUUUGGGGUUUGGUUUUUGUGUUUUGUUUUCCAAAGGAGGGGAGGGGAAUAUACAUAUUGCUUUUAUAUUUAAUACUUUUGCUGAUGCUUUCAGAAAUGUCUAUGCCCCAGAACUCGCUAAUAUAUUAUAAUCAUGUUCUUAGGAGGACUUUGGUCAUUGUUUAUCCAUUGAAGGAUUUUUUCUUUUUCUGCCAAGUUGACUGUCACGUGCAGCCACUUGAGGGGCUAGUUUUCCUGCGGCACGGAGUGCCAUGUCCUAGUGUCCAGGGAGAUGGCUGGCAUCUCAUAGCACAGGCCAGUUGCACUCACAGCCACGUGUGCAGAGUGGGUCUUGGCUGUGGAGUUGCUCGACCAGCCCGGCUUCCCAGAUGAGGGGCGUGGUGGA